AUGCCACUGGAUUGGUUAAAUUAUCUCUCUUUUGUAGAAACCGAUCAAGAGGAAAAUGUUAAUUCGAAUGUUUCGAUGCAACUAGAUUAUAAUCCUACGAGAGAGAAUCCGGUAGAAACGCUACCAUUGACUAAGAUGUCACCUCGGACUAACUUUCAUAAUAAUACCAACGUUAUUCCCGAUGAAGUUCUACACACGCCUAUUGCGUCACUGGGCGCUGAUUCUAGUGAUGUGUGCAUGGAAGAUCAGUUAAAAGCAUAUCGACUCAAACCAAAAACGGUAAGCCGCAUCAAGCAAUGUCCAAAUCCCACGCAACCCAAAAAG